AUGGAUAGGUCUAUUGCAAAGGGUCUCGGGGACAAGCUUUAUGAGAAGAGGAAAUCUACGGCUCUGGAGCUUGAGAAGCUAGUAAAGCAGUGUGUCGCAGAAGGCGACUAUGCUAGGAUCGACAAGAUUAUCGACGAGUUGUGUAGAGACUACGCGUAUGCUUUACAUCAGCCUAUGGCUAGAAAUGCGGGAUUGAUGGGAUUGGCAGCUGCGGCGAUCGCUCUGGGUACUAACGAUGUCGGGAACUACUUGAACCACAUUCUUCCGCCUGUUCUGGCCUGUUUUGGGGACCAAAAUGAUCAGGUAAGGUUCUACGCCUGCGAAAGUCUGUACAAUAUUGCCAAGAUCGCCAAAGGCGAAAUACUCGUAUACUUCAACGAGGUGUUUGAUGUGCUUUGUAAGGUUAGUGCAGACACGGAAAACUCGGUGAGAGGCGCUGCCGAGCUUUUGGAUCGUCUAAUCAAGGAUAUUGUGGCAGAAACCGCUUCCAGUUACAUCAGUGUGGUUCAUAGUAGCGCUAGAGACGUUCCGCCGCGUGUUAAAACAGAUCUGGCCACCGGAGAUGUUUACCAGGGAGAUUAUGAGCAGGAUAGCACUUUGGCGUUCUCCCUACCGAAAUUCAUACCGCUUUUGACGGAACGAAUUUACACAAUUAAUCCGGACACCAGAGUUUUCUUGGUUGAUUGGCUUAAGGUGCUCUUGAGUACACCUGGUCUGGAGUUGAUCGCCUUCUUACCGUCAUUCCUUGGUGGCCUUUUUACGUUCCUGGGCGAUUCUCAUAAGGAUGUUCGGACGGUUACACAUGCGCUAUUGGAUCUAUUGCUCCAUGAGGUGGAUAGGAUCUCCAAGCUGCAAUCAGAUUUGAGAAGGAAAGAGGCAGAACGACAAAAGGCCAUCGAGGAUAAAGCGGAAGGCUCCUCUAAAAAGGUGGAUGGGAUUCUGAUUGCAGAAAAAAAGAAGUCAUUGAUGAGUGCCCUGGGAAAGCUAUCAGUGGAGAAUAAUGAGCAUCCUGUGGAAACAACUCGGCAGCAAGAAGAGGCAAGGCCACAGCUGGCAGAAGAUCAGAAUUUGAGCCUCGAAAGUGCCGCUGCAUCAUCGCUUGCGCAUCUUGAUGGGGAGGACUACAUACCAGGACAGGAUAUUCGUCUGGAUUUCCCGGAGAUAAUUGAGAUUUUAGUCAACAAUUUGGCAUCCUCAGAAGCUGAAAUCCAAUUGGUCGCUUUACGCUGGAUUCGAGCUAUCUUGGCGCUUUCUCCUGAUGAUUUCGUUCCAUUUUUUUCUAAAAUUUUGUCAUUGCUGUUAAAGUUGCUCAGCGAUCAGGAUCCUCGUAUCAGUGAAAGCGCCCAGAUUGUUAACCAACAACUCAUCGAGCUUUGUAGCGAAUAUGAUCACUUGAAGGACCCUACGGCUAUAUCAUAUGGCUCUAUUGUUAACAGCAUGACACUACAGUUUUUCGAAAGCAAGGUAGAUGCAAGAAUAGCGUGCUUAGAUUGGCUUCUGCUCAUUUACAAGAAAGCGCCAAGUCAAAUUCUGGAGCACAAUGACAGCAUGUUUUUGACUCUGCUUAAAUCUUUGUCUGACAAAGAUGGCAGAUUAAUAGAAAAGGCUUUGGCUCUUCUUUCCAGCCUAUGUUCUGAUUCAAACGAUAACUAUAUCAAGAAAUUCUUACAGGACCUUUUGACUUUGUUCAACAGAGAUACAAGACUCCUGAAAGCGAGAGCAAAUUUUAUAAUGAGACAGCUAUGCGCCCGAUUGAGUCCAGAGAGAAUUUAUAGGGUGAUAUCGCCCUUACUCGAUUCGUGUGAUGGUCGCGUCUUUGUGCGUAUGAUGAUUCAGAUUCUUAGUACGAAUCUUGUCACAGCGCCUGAGGUGGAGCCCCUACGAAGAAAAUUGAGAAACGGUGACGAUGGAAUGUUCUUCAAUACAUUGUUCAGAUCAUGGUGCCCGAAUGCCAUCUCUGUUAUAUCUUUAUGCCUAGUGUCUGAGAAUUAUGAAAUGGCAUAUUCUGUUUUGCAAGCUUAUGUUAACUAUGAAUUGUCAUUGAAUGACUUGAUACAGCUGGAUAUUCUGGUUCAAUUAUUAGAAUCUCCAGUUUUUACUCGAUUACGUCUACAGCUGUUGGAACAACAGCGAUACCCUUUCCUUCACAAAUCCUUAUAUGGCAUUCUAAUGAUUUUGCCUCAAUCCAAAGCCUUCGAUAUGUUAAACAGGAGACUGAAUAGUGUGAACAGCUGGGCUUGGCAGCCUUCCUACGAAAAGCCCGUAUAUCAGCAGAGAAAUUCUUCGCAGGUCAGUGUGAGCUGCACGAUGGACUCUGAAGCGUCCCAAUACUCAAUCAAUCAACGGACGAACAAUCGCGAGCUUUUGAAGCACUUCAAUGAAGCUUGUUCUGCUAAUCGUUCCAUGCCCAAUGAUGACGAAACGUAUGAGACCAAAUUACCAUUUCUUGUGGAUUCCUCCGUCAAAGCUUCUCCGUCUCCGAGAGCAGCGUCGUCUGACAGUGGAUCGGUAAUCCAUAGGAACAGUGGACCUAAAAGGAAAUCAGGUGGAGAUAAAUCCUUGACACCAUGA